CCACUUUCAGUUUCCUACCCUCUAACAAGAAAGCACAUUUUACACGUAAGAAAGACGAAUUUAAACAAGAUUUUAAAUAAUAAUAUUCUUCCUUCCAAUCCAUGUUGAAACGAGGAAGCAAGAUGACGUCUGAUUUCCCUCCACCAAGCUCCGUGCUGUCAGCCCUGCAGAACCUCACUGCACAGGCCUCCAAGCCAACAGAUCUCACACAACCACUGAGUCUACACUCCAUGCUGUCAACAAAUAUUGAAGCUUUCAACAUGGCCCUUACUACAAACCCGGAACUACAGAGUUUGAACUCUGCUUGGGAAAAGGAUUCUUCUGUUGAAAUAUCAUUAGAUGGACCUUCUACGUGGAGUUUUGUUCAACAUUGUCUGAAAUGCCUUCAUUUACUCAAUUUAUCAAUCACUGAAAGUAUUUCAGAGUUUGAAAAUAAGACAGAAGAAAGAGAAAAAAAGUCAGCAUUACCGGAAAUGUCACCAGACACAUUGAGUUUUCAAGACCAAAAACUAGUCUCAACUUCUGUUCAAUUUGUUGUAUGUCUCGGAAUUUGUCCAAACUUAGAAUUGGGUGUUGGUGUCCCUUUAGAACUAAGAUCGGGCUUUAGCAAACUUGUCAAAUAUUCGGAAUCUUGUGAUAAUGUCUCCCAGGAUAUGAAAGAACUUCGCCUGUUCCAGUGCAUUAAAGUCUUGAGUGAGUGUGUGGUUAAUCCAGCUCUGAGUACUCUCAUCUUGACCCAGCAUCUAGCAGAUUUAUUGGCAGGAUUGAUGCAACUGAAUUAUUUUGGGUUCUUGAAAUAUAAGAGAUUACAAAAGUGUACAAACAAACCUGGCGAAACGAGUGGACAUCAGUCCUUUCAAAACAUGAAUCCAGCGACUGUGGUAGACUUUGUUAAAAAACAAACUGAAAUGGACGCAAAACAUGAAACCAGCAGGGUUGAUAACAAUGACUCAUGCUCAAAAGAGUCUAACCUGGCUUCCCAGGAUGUUAAGGACUAUGAUGUUGAUUAUGUUUAUUGCAAGACGACCAUCAAUGAGCUAAUGAAGAAGGUCUAUCCCCCGUUACUUGUCAAGACUUUGUUGAUGCUGCAGGGUGGACCAAAACCAAAGAAUGUGAUCAAUAAGCCUACUAUGGGUGUGGCCCCAGUUUGGUUGAGACGAGAAUGUGGGCGACACCUGACUGCCAUUGUGAUGAGACCCCAGGGGGUACAGAGUGUCCUUAGGGGUUUGCUAGAUGCCCCAGGGGCUGGGACCGGCCUAACAGAGAGUGCUGAUUGGAGGAAGUGUGAAGCUGUUGCAAAGGUGAUUGCCUGCUGCCCUUUGACUUCCCAGUCACGUGACCAGUACUACAGCAUCGUCGCACCUCAGGUUUUGGAACUUUUACACAUCCCUGAUGUUGAAGUGCGCAAGCAGUUUCAGCGUGUUGCCUGCAGCACGAUCAUCCAAAUGUGGGGCCGUGACCCCGACCUGACCUCCAGCCACCUUCUUCAGCCUCUAAUGUGGCCGCUUGUCAGGUGUACACAAGCUAUGUUAGACAAACCUCCUGGUUGUGUGGUCAUUGUAGACAAAGAGCUCUGCCAGUGUAUCGAGGAUUGCCACAAGGUGUUUGCUGUGGUCAGUGUUGAGUGUCCAGGCCUUGUGGUCAGUCUCCAGCCAGUCAUCCUGGUCAUCUACAGUUUGUUGACAUUUUCCUGGACGGCAGUCAACACUCUCAAAAGUGUGUGUCAGGAACUUAUCACCACAUUUCUGAAGCACUCUGACCUUGAAGUGGCCUUGACCUGCCUCAAGCUGAUGACCUUUAACCUUGCUACUCCUGAGACAGAGGCUAGCUUUCCCAGAAUGCAUCCUGAUCUUAUGUUUACCCAUUCUGAUGAAGGCAAUGUGAAUGUGGAGGUGAAAGAAAAUGAGAGUGAGGCAGAGGCCUUGGAUGAAGAUGCCCCUGUUCAGUGUGUAGUCAGUCUGCUGAAGAACCUGGAACAGACGGGUGUGGCUGGGGAAUUUCUGGUAUUCUUACUGCAGGAGCUGACAAGCAUUAUCCAAUCGGAAGUGAGCGAGCCAGAUGAAGCAACUAAACAAGCUUCUCGCAUGUGUGAUGGCCAAGUUCUUCUUGACAUUGAACAGCGAAACAAGUCCGUAAAUGAUCAGUUUCACAAGAAGCUUGCAGUCAUGAACGUGCUGGCGUCUGCAUGUGAGGUUCUUGGCCCUGAAUGUAUCCAAAAUGCACAACAGACCCUUAAGUUUGUAAAGGCAACCCUGUUACGUGCAGUUGAGCUGUGUAGGAAUACAGACGACAUGCAGACUGGGAUAUUUGAAGGUGAAACUAUCACCAUGGCGAUGGGACUACUUACUGCUCUAAUGACAGGGGCAUUCCAGCUCACCGAUACUGACCGGCAGUCAAUGCAAGAGUUGCUCCCCCUGCUUCAAGACAUCGGUGCAAAUCACCCAGAAACCUCUGUACAGGAUAUGGCAAAUGACAUAAGAAUUGCCAUAGCAACGCAUGGUGCCGUCUGGUCAGAACUCGGGCAAAAGAAAGGAGGCAACUUCUCAGAUAUUUCAGAAAAGGUAAAAGAAGAAAAAAAGAAAGUGAAUUCCAAGGCAGCGUACAUAGAAGUUCUUCAAGAUGUAUCAUCGGAGACAACCUCCAUUAACAAUGAAGAUACAGGAUCCAACACAGAAGAAACAGUGUGUUCAAAGUGCCAAGAUACCAUAAUAUCUGAACAUUCAGACCAUAGGGCAGAAGCAUCAGGGAAAACUAGUGUUGAAAAUAAUGUUGAAAAAGCGGGAAAGGAACAAAGAAUGGAUGAUAAUGGAGCUGACACUAAAGACUCAGCUGAAGCUUAUAAGGAAGAAAUAUCUAUUCCUGAAGAUGCUGAACUUGAGUUAGCAUUUAAGGAACUAUGUGACCCCUUAAUACCAGUAAGAGGUCAUGGUUUGAUACGAUUAACACAUCUUGUGCAAGAAAGACAGAAAGCUGUGGAAUCAAGGUCGGCGGCCAUAAUGAAAAUAUUUGAGGAAAAUUUGGAUCACGGGGACUCCUAUAUAUAUCUGUCAGCUGUGAAUGGAUUGUCAGUCAUGUGUGAUGUAUUCCCAGAAACCUCUGUUCCGAGGGUGUGUCACCUGAUGAGUAACCUUGGAAAUAACCUUGUGGAAGGUCAAAGGUCACCAGAGCUCAUGAUGAAACUUGGAGAAAUACUUGUGAAGGCUUCAAGAUCAUUAGGUGACAUGAUACCAGCUUACCGAGAUGUGAUAUUACGCAGCGUCAUGGUAGGUGUGCACGACGAUGAUCCUUUGGUUCAAGCCAGCUGCUUGUCGAGUCUUGGAGAACUGUGUAAACACCUGCAUUUCUCACUCGGAAAUGUCAUUCAUGAGGUGUUGGAAUGCUGUAGCAGCACUCUGGGACACAGCAACGCGAUGGUUAGAAAGGCUGCAGCCCAGGUCUUGUUCUUGCUGCUGCAGGGGCUUGGAAACGAUGUCUUCAAGGUGUUGGAGACUGUCAUACGGGACCUGUAUCGACUCUUGAAGCAUGUUAUACUUGUGGAGAAAGACGAGGGUGUCAAACUGCAUGUGCAACUGGCACUCAAUGUGCUUGACGACAUCAUGAGGGCAAACCUGUUUCCAGAGCAGAAACUAGAAAAACGUAUCCGUGUCCUGGACUUUGACUGAGACAAUUGUAGAAACAUAUCCAUACUCAAUAUGAGUGGUUUGCUGUUUUUAUUGUACGCAAUAUUUAUGCCCCUGUUUCGGCAAUCUGCUUUGUUGAAGCUUGUACUCUGAGUAUCACAUCUAUGACUAACAGAACCUCAAUGGACUGCAAUAUCUUUGUUCAAACAUGUCCCCGACCCUCUCAUCCUUGGUCAGAUCUGAAUUUGGUUUGUCUGGAAUUGGGCUGUUAUUCUAUUGUGCCUUUAAGUGACACUUGUGUGACUGUGUUUGGAAGAUUAUGUAUGAAAAUUAUGGCAAACUUACUGAGUAAAUUAUCUUUAUUUAGAAGAUACAAGCACUACAAUGGAAUUGAAUCGAUUAAAUAUUUGGUAUUCGAAUGUGAAAAUUGGUAGUCAAAUAAUCAAUGUUUUUGUUGCAUGAAUAUAAUAAUAAACCUAUUGCCGACAACUGUGUUGUUGUGCAUA